AUGGCUUCUGAUCAUAUUACUAUUCAGCCAUCAAUUGAGGUGAUUAAAGAAUGCAUCGCUGCUAAUGAUGAUUCCAUCAAUAUGUACCCAGUAUACCACUUCAUGCCAGCAAUGGACCUUACACCUCAUGUGGCGUAUUUGAAAAUGAGUGAGUUGAACAAUAAGGAGAGGUCACCAUCUUUUCUAUUUGAAUCCGCAAACGGUAACCAAUUGAGUCGAUACUCGUUUUUUGGUCAUAGUCCACGUAAGAUUAUCAAGACUGGUCCUACUGAAGGUCAAGCGUGUGACCCAUUGAAUAUUCUACAAGACGAAUUGGCUCAGUAUCGAUUGGCUGAAAAUGUUCCAGGCUUACCCAAGCUUUCUGGUGGUGCUAUUGGUUAUGUUUCUUACGACUGUGUUCAGUAUUUUGAACCAAAGACGAAGAGACCAUUGAAAGAUGUGCUACAAGUACCAGAAUCUGCUUUGAUGCUAUACGAUACCAUUGUUGCAUUUGAUCAUGUUUUCCAAAGGUUCCAGAUCAUAACUAAUAUCAAUGUGAAGACGGUCUCAUCUUUGGAACAAGGUUACGAAGAUGCAUCUGAGAUUAUCAAACGCAUUAUCGCCAUCUUGAAGGAUGAAUCUAGUCCGAUACCAUUACCUGAACAACCAUCAAUCAAAUUGAACCAGACUUUCACAUCAAACAUUGGUCAAGAAGGAUACGAACAGCACGUGAGAGAUUUGAAAGAACAUAUCAAGAAGGGUGAUAUCAUCCAAUGUGUUCCAUCUCAACGUGUCGCUAGACCAACUUCACUUCACCCAUUCAAUAUCUACAAACACUUGCGUACUGUGAAUCCCUCGCCAUACUUAUUCUAUAUCGAUUAUUUGGAUUUCCAAAUCAUUGGUGCUUCACCUGAAUUGUUAUGCCAAGUUGAUGCCAAAAACGAAGUUAUCACUCAUCCCAUUGCUGGUACAGUCAGAAGGGGUCAGACUCCAGAAGAAGAUGACAGAUUAGCGGAAGAGUUGAGAAAUUCUACUAAGGACAGAGCAGAACAUGUGAUGUUAGUUGAUCUAGCCCGUAAUGAUGUGAACAGGGUCUGUGAUCCAACCACCACUUCCGUGGAUGAGUUACUUUCAGUGCAAAAGUUCUCUCACGUCCAACAUCUUGUCUCUCAAGUCAGUGGUACACUAAGGAAGGAUCAAAACAGAUUUGAUGCUCUAAGGUCUAUUUUCCCUGCAGGAACAGUUUCUGGUGCUCCUAAGGUCAAGGCCAUGGAAUUGAUCGGAGAACUGGAAGGUGAAAAACGGGGUGUUUACGCUGGUGCCGUUGGACACUGGUCAUAUGACGGAAAAUCCAUGGACACAUGCAUUGCCUUGAGAACAAUGGUUUAUAAAGACGGUAUAGCCUAUUUGCAAGCUGGUGGUGGUAUCAUAUUUGAUUCUGACCCAUAUGAUGAGUACGUAGAAACAAUGAACAAAAUGAAAGCUAACCACAAUACUAUUCUACAAGCAGAGCAAAUUUGGGCUGAGAAAGUUGGCACUCAAGACUAG